CAGCAGCAGCAGCAGCAGCAGCAGCCCCCAUCCCUGCCGAGAAGUCAGCGCGGCCCGGCUCGGCCCGUUAGCAGCGAUGGAGCUAGAGGUCCCGGACGAGGCGGAGAGCGCGGAGGCAGGGGCCAUCACCCCGGAGAUGGGAUGGGGCGUGGAAAGCGGGGCGGCGGAGGCGGCGGCAGGUCUGGCACCGAAGAAGAUGGCCCUGACUGAGAUCCCAUCACUCCCAGGACAGCCCGGUGCGGGCCAUGGAAAGAAAUUAGGCCACCGGGGAGUCGACGCUUCUGGCGAAACCACCUACAAAAAGACCACCUCAUCCACCCUGAAGGGAGCCAUCCAGUUAGGAAUUGGCUACACAGUGGGGAAUCUGAGCUCCAAGCCAGAGCGAGAUGUCCUCAUGCAGGAUUUUUACGUGGUGGAAAGCAUCUUCUUCCCCAGUGAAGGAAGUAACCUCACCCCAGCUCAUCAUUACCCCGACUUCAGAUUCAAAACCUAUGCACCAGUGGCUUUUAGGUAUUUCCGAGAACUCUUCGGCAUCCGUCCAGAUGACUAUUUGUAUUCCUUGUGUAAUGAGCCUUUGAUCGAGCUUUCUAACCCAGGGGCCAGUGGUUCGCUCUUCUACGUAACCAGCGAUGAUGAGUUUAUCAUCAAAACUGUAAUGCAUAAGGAAGCAGAAUUCUUGCAGAAGUUACUUCCCGGUUACUACAUGAACCUAAACCAAAACCCUCGGACCCUACUUCCAAAGUUUUAUGGGCUGUACUGUGUUCAGUCAGGGGGAAAGAACAUCCGGGUGGUGGUAAUGAACAACAUUCUUCCCAGAGUCGUGAAAAUGCACCUGAAGUUUGACCUCAAGGGCUCAACUUACAAACGGCGGGCAAGCAAGAAGGAGAAGGAGAAAUCUAUCCCCACGUACAAGGACCUGGAUUUCAUGCAGGACAUGCCCGAAGGCCUGAUGCUGGAUGCUGACACCUUUAGUGCCCUAGUGAAAACCUUACAGAGAGACUGUUUGGUGUUGGAAAGUUUUAAAAUCAUGGACUACAGCUUGCUGCUUGGGGUACACAACAUAGACCAGCAGGAACGGGAGCGGCAGACCGAGGGAGCCCAGAGCUUGUCGGACGAGAAACGCCCAGUUGGGCAGAAGGCGCUCUACUCCACAGCCAUGGAGUCCAUCCAGGGUGGGGCCGCCCGGGGGGAAUCGAUAGACACGGAUGACACGAUGGGCGGGAUCCCUGCAGUGAAUGGCAAAGGGGAGCGUCUUCUGCUACAUAUAGGAAUCAUCGAUAUCCUUCAGUCCUACAGAUUCAUCAAAAAGCUGGAACACACUUGGAAGGCUCUUGUCCAUGAUGGGGACACGGUUUCGGUUCACCGACCCAGCUUCUAUGCUGAGAGAUUUUUCAAAUUCAUGACUAACACUGUUUUUCGGAAGAACUCGUCUCUGAAAUCCUCACCAUCUAAGAGAGGUCGCAGUGCCUUAUUAGCUGUCAAGCCUAGCGGGCCCACAGCAGCAUUUUCUGCCAGCCAGAUCCCCACGGAACGGGAGGAAGCUCAGUAUGACCUGCGGGCUGCUAGGAGCUACCCGACUCUAGAGGACGAAGGCAGGCCAGACCUGCUACCUUGCACUCCCCCUUCAUUUGAAGAAGCAACCACAGCCUCCAUAGCCACGACGCUGUCGUCAACAUCUCUCUCCAUCCCUGAGCGGUCUCCUUCUGAGACCUCUGAGCAACCCAGGUACAGGCGUCGCACUCAUUCAUCUGGCCAAGAUGCCCGGUCCCACGAGGAGGUGCACGUCGAAGAGGAGCUCCAGCAGAUCACAGUCGAAAUAGAGGCUAAAUGUAGCGUUGAGAUUGUGGCUCCAGAAGAAGAGGAAAAAGGGGAAGCAGCUUCCUCAGCCUCUGCCACUGUCACAUCCACUGUUGCUGUGGAGGUAGAAACUGCCAGCCAGGCCUCCGAGCCAGCCAGCCAAGCAUCCGAUGAAGAUGAAGUGCCAGCCACUGACAUAUACUUUUUCACGGAUGGGAGGUACUGGAUUUACUCUCCCCGCCGGCGCCGACUCCGAGCCGCCUCGCUUUCCUCCUCCGGUACUCCUACAGAUGAGAGGAGUUGGGUUUACUCCCCGCUCCACUAUAGCAUGCAAGUCCACUCGGUCUCUGAUGAGGAGAGCGAUACAUAAUUUCUAUGCAGACACUGAAGUCUGGAGCUGAGUGUUCCCUCUACGGAAAGCGGUUCCAUUUUGUUGACGUGCCGACUGGCCAUGGGGGAAGCUUGCCGAUGCCCACCUCGCUGCACAAGCAGGACCUCGCACACCCCGCUUCCCACUGGGGGAAACGCAAAAUCCCCCCAGUGUCCCCGCCCUCCUCUCUUCCCCUCCCCAUCCAACAACUUGACCAUUCGCCUCAUCUGUUUCAAGCCGUGGACUGCCAAGAAAACGUUGCUUCUGGGCGCAGAGCGUCCAGGGGCAAAGAAAUCACUGGGGCAGAGCAAAAAUGGUUUUCCAUCUGAGCACUCCUGUAACUGCGUGUGUGCGUGUGUGCGUGUGUGUUUAUGAGAUACUGCAAACCUUUUGAGUUUUUUAAAUCCUAUAUUUAUUUGAGGUCUUUGAGCUCUGCACAGACACCGACAGCACAAAUGUGCUUUUCUAUUUAAAAAAAACACCAUAAAACAGAAUGGGGUUGUACCACACCCUUGGCUCUUCUCUAUAUUUGUUUUGGGAUCACAGGAUGCCUCACUGGAGAUAGGGAAAGGUCAGCGUACCUGUUGUUUGGGAGGGUGGGUGUGAAGGGAAGGAAAAUCGUCAGAAGAAAUUCAUCCCCACUGUUUAUUUCUGGCUUAGCCCUGGGGAGUCAAUCACUGUAUAGAUUUCAAAGCUACCAAUGACCCCUGAAAUGAAUGCAUUCGUCAGUAUGGGAAAGCAGGGCAGAAUGGCCCGAGGCAGGAUAUCCUCCAUUUUCCUGGACUUGGCUGUGGCUUAGGGAACUCUCCUCUCCCCUUCUCUAUGGGCUUAACCCACAUUGGUGUUCCCCACCUGUUGUCUUGGAGGGCGAAAACCCUGUGCUUUUCCCAUGUUCUUUGGCUCCUUCCCAGAGUGGAAUCAAGUCUGGAAACUGCAUCAAGCCAAAGUUGAGCCACUUAGGAACCCAGGGCUCUUUUGCUCAGAAAAUCUACAUAUAGAACAUCAGAUUCCCACCCCCCCGCCCCAUCAGAAAACUUUAGAGGGUGCCCACUCUAAGACUGCUGCUUUUUAUCUCUUCCCUCCCCUUGCCCCUAUCUAAAGGCAGCAUUGUAAAGACAGUUUUCCAUAGAGUCAGUAGGAACAAAUCCUUAUCCGGCACCGCAAAUUCAUUUCAGCUUGAAACGGCAGAGCGGUCUACCAGAAGUAAGCGUGGCUAUUAAGCGACCGUUCGGCUUAGCUAUGCGACGGCAGGCAGAAGUGAUUUGGAUUCAGAUUUUUUUUCUUUCCUCCUUUUGUUGUUCCUUUUGGUUUUGCUUUAUUGGCUAAAAGGGAUAUGUUUUAAGUUGGAUGCCUCAGUCAAAGAUCAGGAUUUUCCAAAUGGUUUCAGUCUUUCAGAUUGAAUCUUCCCUCAGGUGCUAUUAAGAUGACAGGUGUGGUACUGAUGAGAAAUGAGACAGAGCCCCACGUUCACCCCACCCCUUUAUGGCAAAGGCAACUGCAUCUCUUGUGGAUGAAGCCUUUUCCGCAGAUGGCAACUGUGGACUUUAUUUAUUAUCAUGCUUAUGAUUGAAAUUCAGGUUCCAGAAAGGAGGAAGGAGGUGUGGGAAAUUUUUCCCUUGGAAGCCAAAACAUGGAGGGUCAUCACCAAAUGACUUUGAAAUACUCAGGAAGAUUGAGACAGAAAGGGGCUCAGCCUCUCAGCUGCAGAUUUGCAAAAGGAGUUUUGAUGCUGGUGCGUUUACCUUUGAGCAAUCACGUUUGUCUGCUUGAUUGGAGAUGGGAGCAGGCAGGAGACCUCCAAAAUAACGUUUUGCCGUCCCAUCCCCCCCUGACCCCCACCCAACACUUUCGGGACCCCCUUUCUCCUAAACCCCGGGGCUUCCAUCCUAUUGCAUGAACCAUUUAUUGAGCUAAAUAUGUUGAUUGGACUUGCUGACCCAGAGGGUCCCUAAUAGUUAUUUCCUGAGUGUUCCUCAAUUUAUGAUGCUAACUCACCAGGAAGCUGUGCUGCUUUAUGCUCUCCAAUUGAGUUAUCUACCUGACUGUAGAGAAAACAUUCAGGCUGAGAGGUUCUUUUGCUGUUUUGAUUAAAACUAGGAAAGGCCAUUCUUUAAAGAUGUUGGCCUGUUAAUUUCAGACAAUGAGGAACCCAAGUCUUCCGCUGGAGCAAUUAAAUCAAUUAUAACAUUGUUCCGGGCCUUCAUUAAUCAAAGCUAAACCAGAAUCAUAACGUUUUAUGUCAGAAUCUCUUUGUUCUCAGUCUGGGCUGAAAAGAAGCUGAUUCAAAUAGGGCAAUUUUACACAUUCCAAUCAUGGUCUCUGCCAUUUGAAUGGGAUUAUACAUAUAUAUGUAUAUAUAGCUGCUCCAUUUUUUAAUCUCGUGCUGUGUGUUUCCCAUCACUGGCCUGAACUACUUGAAAACGCUAAUUGGAUGCAUCUUCUGGAAAUGAAGACUACAAGGAGUUUUAUUUUUUGUAGUGGCAUUUAAAAAAAAAAAAGGAAGGAAUCAUGCAAGCUAAUGACAGGCUCUCCAAUGAAAGAUAAGCCUGAUUGUCAGACCGCGUGGCUGACCUUGGCUGUUCUCCUUGGGCUAUUUUUCUGACCCCUGCAGAUGAUGGUGUCAGGUUUGUAGCAGCUUCGGGGCUUUUACAGCAAGUAUGUUCUUAACACUGCAGUCUCCAAAAUGUUUGGCUCCCUUUCCCAAGCACAGGUGUCUGUGCACAACACCCACUCCCCAUUCCCGCCUUGCCCCUUAUCCUCAGGCUUCCUCCAAACAGCAGCACCAAUAACCUGCUCAACUGUAGCCCUUGCUCACAAAGCAGUUUCCACCCCAUGCUCCUGCUUCCCACCCUCCCACAUUACACCCUUGCUUCAAAUUGUCAUGAUCAAGCAUGCCCAAACGGUGUGCAUUCUAAAGAACUCGUGCAGUGGCGAGAUGUCAGAGUGGCAUGGAGUGAUAGUACGACAUCUGCAAAUAGAUUUUUCUGUGGCUUCUCAUUCUUUCGCGUUGCAAGUAGAAUGAGAACUUAUCACAACUGGGAGGACGUUUGGCAAGGGCUAGAACAUAAUCACCAUCAAAUCCUCUAAAUUCCUCCCAGGGAUUUGUGCUCAGAGAGAGGUUACUGGAUGGAGGUGGGAGGGGUGGAGUUUUCUUAUAGAAUUCUGUAAGGCCUUUUGGCUUGGAAGAGUUUAAAACGCCCAAGUGUGGGUGGAUUUGCACAUGUGAAUCUUCCUUACCCCUAAAGCAGUCCCAGGAAAUCAGAUGCUGAGACUUGCACCCACCGCUAACAGCUAUUUCUUUUGUCCUCCCAACAUUUCAGCAGAAAACCCCAAGUGCAGAUUGGUGUCUCCUAAAGACAUGGCCCCUACCGGUGACAUUUAGUGAACCCAAAUGGAGAACGCCGUGUCUUCUAGUCAUGAAUGGCAAGGUUUUUGUUCCUAGAGGUUUUCUCUAUGAUCCAGUAGUGCAUGGGAAGGAGCCCACCCAGGUAAUCUGACAGCAGCCUGCCCAACUUCAUUUCUCAAGGCAUGGAGCCAGCUGGUGCUCUCGAGUAGAGGGCUGUGGCUUGUGUGUAUUAUACACCAUCAAGCUGCAAAGGAAUUUUCUUCAAAGGGUGCAGUCCUAAGGUAAUUCUGCAACUCUCUUAGAGGCUCUUUUUUUUCCUCCCCCAGGACCCUCUUGGAAAAAUCAGAAUUGAACUAUUCAGGGCUGCUUCUGGGUUUCCUGGGACUAGCCUAGUGUAGGGUGGUUGAGUUUCCCCAUCUCCCCCCGACCCCAGGAAGCCCGUUGAAACGAUUUUCCAAAACCCUACCAUGCUGAACGAACAGAUCUGCUUCUGAGAAGUAGCUCCAGUUGCCUGGCUAUCAGAGCAGGUCUGCGGACUUGGAGCAGGUCUGUGGUGUGCUUUGACAGUGAUCCAUCUACCAGGUCUCAUUUCUGUCCCUACGCUUCUCCUUCUCCCUCCUUUGAAAUGCCAAGCACCUGAAACGGACCCUGCUGUGUCUUUUGUGAACUACCCCCCCAUUGCCACCUCCCCUCUCCCGCUCCUCCUCCUGCCCCGGAAAGGCAAAAAGCAAAACUCAGGCCUAUGGGAUCACUUGUGAUUUGGGGAGCCUCUAUUUGACCCAAGUAUAUGAUGCUCGUUCAUAUUCCAAUGCCAUUUUCUAGACUUCCUCUAUGUAAGUGUAUUGCGUAAAGAAUGUUUGUAAAAGUGUGGCUUUUUUUGUCGUUUGGGGGGGCGGGGGGGGGGGUAGAAAAAGUACAAGUUGAUAUUGUCAUGUUUCUAUUUUUGCUUUAAGACAACCCUUUUUGGAGACCAUUUUUCAGAGAAUUGUAAAUCAAUGCUAACUGUUCUUUAGACUAUGUAGUACAGCAGCAUUAACUUAGUCUUUGGGGAGGGGGGCAGGAAAAAGGCAAGAACUAUUUAUAAUGUUUAGUGAACAGAUUGCCUCACCUGAACCCCAAUAAGAAUGACUCCUAAAACUCUUUUCCUUUUGUGUAAAAAUAUGUAAAUAUUUUCCUGGCCUAAGUGCACCCCUCCUUUCUCCCCACAUUUGUCUCCUCUCCGAUGGCUGCUAUUGCUAAGAAAGUGGAUAUUUGAAUUAUUGUACUGUAUUAAACAAAGACAUUUAUGUGAGAGUUUAGAUUGCAAGUGCUCUUCCUCUUGAAAAACCACCAUUCCCUGAAUUCUGCUAAAUGCAAUAUUCUGUCACUAGUAGAGUUCUCUUAUACUGUACUGUUGCUGCGGGGUCUUGCGGUCAGUCCCCUGUGCUUAUUUCCAGUUUUUAUCUUUAAAGUAGGGUUUGGUUUGGGUAGUCAAACUGCAUUUCUGUCCAACUCUAAUCAUGUUUUACAGUGUAAAUGAUGAAACCUUGUACGUCUGAACUAUUGAAGAGGGUUCCAUGUAGUGUUUCCCCUUUGCUCCAAUAUUUGAUCAUUUAAGCUUGAGUUCUUUGAGGGGACACUGCCUCAAAUCCUGAACUGUGUUAAAAAAAAAAAAUGCAACCACUGCUGACCCAAAAUAACACUUCUAUACAGUGUCCCCUGCUUUUCCUCCCUCUUUUUAUUUUGAAAAGGAGAUCUCUCUAAUAAAUAGGGUCAUAAAGCAUUUGUUUCUUCCCUUUUUUAUUGUGUAUUGCUCAGUCGUGGAAUUCCUUUGCUGAUUAGCCUGUGCUAUAGGACCUUGUUUCAAACUUCUAAAUAUGAUGUGAACGAUGUCGAGAAUGACCUCUGUCACUUCCUUCCGUAGUAUAAUUCCAGCUAUCACCUUAUGUCAUGAUUGUAGUCAGCCUAAAAUUGCAUUAAAAUACAAAUCCUAAUAAAA